AUGUCCUUGCGUGCCGAGAUUGAUCCUAUGCAAUCCGCGGGGUCUCUGGAACAACUUCCACAAUCGGCAGAUUCAGCCAAAACAACGAGCCUUCGGUUACCAUCCGACGACCACCCUUCUACCCCUCGUAAGAGUCAUCCUGUUGGGGAGCCGUUGUCGCCCGCUUCCUACGCUGAGGCCGUGGCUCAUGAUACUAUCCUUGGUGAACUGUCUGUUGGUUCGUGUACUACCUUAAACUGUGGCCGUGGUUGCUGGUUCGCCUACUCCAGCAGAGGGUGUCGAGAAGGAGCUGCCUGUGAUAGAUGCCACCAUAGUGCUUGUGCUAUACCGGCUGAUGAGCAAAGGCGUCGUAACCGGAAGGAGAAAUCUCGUCAAAGACCUUCUAAGAAGAAGCGUUCUAAGGCCUUAGCCCAGAAAGUGGCCGCGAUGGAACAUGAACAAGAACAAGGCGUGAUUUCGGAGGAGAAACCUCAGCAACUGCAACAACAAGGGUCGCUGCUUCAAAUCCCUCCAGUGUGUGAUGAGAGACAGAAGGCUGAUAAUGGUCCUGAUCGCGGAGUGGUGACUUCAACAAUUAGAGUGUCACCAACGACUUGUACUGCUGUUGGUGACUACCGUACUAGCAAAUACACCACUUCGCCCGAGGAAUCUUGCAGGGUCUAUCCCCGUCCUUCGACACUCUCUUCAUCUUCCAUUGGUGGUGUGUCAGCUGCUACAGCUAGCUCGGAGUCUACUACUGCGACAGGCAGAAGCAGCCGUAGCCUAGUGUACUCGAGUCCUGUCCGUUGUACCAGUGGUGAUCUACCUUUUACGGGGUAUUCUUCUAUGAAUGUUACUGCUUCUUCUGAGUCUACCAGAGAUAUUUACAAACUGAAACAACAGAGAGCGCCGACCCCCAAGCUCAAUGGCACUCCUUUUGGUUUGUCCUAUGUCGAGGCCGCUUCUAACGCUAUAGACGGCUAUUGUGAUGUGGUCACCAAUGACUACCGCAGUAGCAUGGGGAAGUCAAGCAGCGACCAAUUGCCCUGCAUGUUCGAGGGGUGGGCCGGUCUUAUUGACGCUUUGGAGAAGACAUUCGGCCUCUCGGGCCCUGCCUUGGGCUACGGAGUCUCCCCAAUGUCGCCCAAUUAG